CAAUAAGCAGUAAACUGAUUUCACUCGCUACCCUCUCUCUCCCCUUCCACGACUCGGCAAUCAGAAUUCGAAUUGCAGAAGUAUUCCUCCUCAAUCUCAUCAAAAUUUUCGCACAUAUAAGAAAAAUAAAUCUAGAACUUUUCCCGAUUCUCAAACCCUCGAAAAGUUUCCCGACAAACUCGAAUUGUUAUCGUUUACUAUUGAUCUCUCUGAUCGUUAUCGUCAUCAUCAUCAUAAUCUAUGGGUGAAUUUCUUGAUCUAGAAGCACAAGAUGGUGUAAGAAUGCCAUGGAAUGUAAUACCAGGGUCAAAACAAGAAUUAACAACAUGUGUGAUUCCAGUUUCAACAAUUUACACACCACUAAAAUCAUUCCCAAAUAUACCAGUUCUUCCUUAUUCACCUCUACGUUGUCGUACUUGUAGAUCAGUAUUAAACCCAUUCUCAAUGGUCGAUUAUACUGCUAAAAUUUGGAUUUGUCCUUUUUGUUUCCAAAGAAAUCAUUUUCCAUCUGGUUAUGAUUCAUUAUCUGAAGAUAAUUUACCUGCUGAACUAUUCCCACAAUAUACAACUAUUGAAUAUGAAUCACCUUCUGAGAAAUCUUCAAUUCCUCCUGUUUUUUUAUUCGUUGUUGAUACUUGUAUGAUUGAAGAGGAAUUAGGGUUUCUGAAAUCUGCUUUAUCACAAGCUAUAGAUUUAUUACCCGAUAAUUCACUUGUUGGUUUGAUUACUUUUGGGAGUUAUGUUUAUGUUCAUGAGUUAGGGUUCGGGCAGAUCCCUAAGUCUUAUGUGUUUAGAGGUUCUAAAGAUUAUACUAAAGAACAGAUUUUAGAGCAAAUGAAUUUCUUCGCUAAGAAGCCCAAACCAACUACUGGUGUUAUUGCUGGUGCUAGAGAUGGACUUUCUGCAGAAAGUAUUGCCAGGUUCUUAUUGCCUGCUUCAGAAUGCGAAUUUGCUUUGAAUUCUGUAUUAGAGGAGCUUCAGAAAGAUCCUUGGCCUGUAAAUCCAGAUCAGCGAGCAACAAGGUGCACAAGCACGGCCCUAAGUGUAGCUGCGAGUCUGUUAGGAGCUUGUGUUCCUGGUUCUGGAGCGAGAAUUAUGGCAUUUGUGGGUGGACCAGCUACUGAAGGAACAGGAGCUAUUGUAUCGAAGACUUUAUCCGAACCUAUUCGUUCUCACAAGGACAUUGAUAAAGAUUCUGCCCCCUACUAUCUUAAGGCUGUUAAAUUCUAUGAGGGGCUCGCAAAGCAGUUGGUGAUUCAAGGACAUGUAUUGGAUUUGUUUGCUUGUGCUCUUGACCAGGUGGGUGUAGCAGAACUUAAAGUUGCAGUUGAAAGAACUGGAGGACUUGUUGUUCUGGCCGAAAGUUUUGGCCAUUCUGUUUUCAAAGACUCUCUGAAGCAGGUGUUCCAGUCGGGUGAUUAUGACCUCGGUCUUUCCUCUAGUGGAACAUUUGAGGUCAACUGCUCCAAGGAUGUCAAAGUACAGGGUAUUAUUGGUCCUUGUGCAUCUCUCGAAAAGAAAACUCCUUUAAGCUCCGAAACAGUCAUUGGCCAGGGGAAUACAAGUGCUUGGAAAAUGUGUGGCCUUGACAAAGCCACAUCUCUAUGUUUGAUUUUUGAUAUUGUGAAAAAGGAUAUCCCAGAAGCUAUUGGUCAACCCACGACCAAUCAAUUCUAUUUCCAGUUUCUGACUUAUUAUCAGCAUAGUAAUGGACAAAUGAGACUUCGUGCUACAACACUUUCUAGAAGAUGGGUUACUGGAACUGGCAGCUUACAGGACUUAAUCUCUGGUUUUGACCAAGAAGCAGCUGCUGUAGUCAUGGCGCGACUUGUUUCUUUCAAGAUGGAAACCGAGGUUGAAUUUGAUCCUAUCAGAUGGCUUGACAGAUCAUUGAUACGCUUAUGUUCUCGAUUUGGUGAUUACCAGAAAGAUUCUCCAUCUUCCUUCAGCUUAUCUCCGCGGUUUUCAAUAUUUCCGCAGUUCAUUUUUCAUUUGCGACGUUCUCAGUUUGUCCAGGUCUUUAACAACAGUCCAGAUGAAACUGCAUACUUCAGAAUGAUUUUAAACAGGGAAAAUGUGUCCAAUUCAGUCGUCAUGAUUCAACCUUCGUUGAUAUCUUACUCAUUUCAAUCGGGCCCGGAGCCAGCUCUCCUCGACGUGGCUGCUAUUGCAGCUGAUAGGAUCCUACUUCUGGAUUCCUAUUUUACAGUAGUCAUAUUUCAUGGAGCAACCGUUGCUAUGUGGCGGAAGGCUGGAUAUCAACAUCAACAGGAGCAUGAGGUAUUUGCUCAGUUGCUGAAAGCUCCUCAUGAUGAUGCUGAUGCAACUAUUAAGGAGCGAUUCCCGGUUCCUCGCUUAGUUGUUUGUGAUCAGCACGGUUCUCAGGCUCGCUUUUUGCUGGCAAAAUUGAAUCCUUCAGCAACAUACAACUCAACUGCUAAUCCUUUGCCAGGAGGGUAUGUUAUCUUCACGGAUGAUGUUAGUUUUGAGGUUUUCUUGGACCAUCUUCAAAGGCUAGUUGUUCAACAGUAGAAAAUAUAAGCUUUUGUAUUAUUCUUCUUCAGUAGGUGCUGUCCAUGGCAGUUCUUCCAAUUUUGUAAUAUUUUUUUCUCUUACCGCGUCAUCUUAUUCUUGUACAGUGUUUGAGAGUGUAUUUAUGAUUAUUAUCUUUUAGCUUGUGUGAGCUUUAUGGUA